GGCGGGCCGGCUCAUUGCAAGAUGGCGGCGGCGGCGGGCGGGUCGCGGCGCUGGGACCCGGCGGCGCUGGGCCUGGACCCGUCCUGGCGCCUCACGGCCUACGGGGAACUGCGCGGCUGAGGCUGCAAAGUCCCGCAGGAGACGCUGCUCAAGCUCCUGGCGGGACUGGAAGGGCAGAGCCCCGCGGGAGCCGCAGGAGGCGGAGGGGAAGGGGCGGAAGCGGAGAGCGGCGGGACACGGGCGCUGGGCAUCGGGCUGGACUCGUGCGUGAUCCCGCUGAGGCACGGGGGGCUCUCGCUGGUGCAGACCACCGACUUCUUCUACCCCAUCAUCGACGAUCCCUACAUGAUGGGCCGCAUCGCCUGUGCCAACGUCCUGAGCGACCUGUACGCCAUGGGGGUGACAGAGUGUGACAACGUCCUGAUGCUGCUGAGCGUCAGCCAGCGCAUGAGCGACGAGGAGCGGGACAAGGUGAUGCCGCUGAUCAUCCAGGGGUUCCGGGACGCGGCCGAGGACGGGGGGACGUCGGUGACGGGGGGACAGACGGUGCUGAACCCCUGGGUCAUCGUGGGGGGCGUGGCCACGGCUGUGUGCCAAUCCAGCGAGUUCAUCAUGCCGGACAGCGCCGUGCCCGGGGACGUGCUGGUGCUGACCAAGCCCCUGGGGACACACAUGGCUGUCACCGCCCACCAGUGGCUGGACAUCCCUGAGCGCUGGAACAAGAUCAAGCUGGUGGUGACGCGGGAGGAGGUGGAGUUGGCCUACCAGGAGGCCGUGGCCAGCAUGGCCACGCUGAACCGCACCGCGGCGGGGCUGAUGCGCGCCUUCGGGGCGCACGCGGCCACGGACGUGACGGGCUUCGGGCUGCUGGGGCACGCGCGGGCGCUGGCGGCGCAGCAGCGGCAGGACGUGGCCUUCGUCAUCCACAACCUGCCCGUGCUGGCGGGCAUGGCGGCCGUGAGCCGCGCCUGCGGGGGCCGCGGGGGGCUGCUGCGGGGCACGGCCCCCGAGACCUCGGGGGGGCUGCUGGUGGUGCUGCCGCGGGCUCAGGCCGCGCGGUUCUGCGCGGAGCUGAAGGCGCCGGGGCUGCGGGCGUGGAUCGUCGGCGUGGUGGAGAAGGGGCCCCGCGGCGCCCGAGUCAUCGACAAACCCCGAGUGAUCGAGGUGCCGCCCCGCGGGGCCCCCCCGCGCCCCGACAGCCCCGGGGAGCCCCCCCCGGAGCCCCCCCGGGCCCCCUGCUAGGGCAGGGACCCCCAAAAUCCCCGCCCGGGGGAGAGCCCCGCCCUGAGACAGCGCCCGGGAAAGGGACCCCAAAAAACCCCAAAGAAACCCCAAAACUGGGGCAGGGACCCCUAAAAUCCCCGCCCGGGGGAGAGCCCCGCCCUGAGACAGCUCCUGGGAAAGGGACCCCAAAAUCCCCGCCCGGGGGAGAGCCCUGCCCUGAGACAGCGCCCAGGAAAGGGACCCCAAAGAAACCCCAAAACUGGGGCAGGGACCCCCAAAAUCUCCGCCCACGGGAGAGCCCCACCCUGAGACAGCUCCUGGAAUAGGGACCCCAAAGAAACCCCAAAGAAACCCCAAAAUUGGGGCAGAGACCCCCCAAAAUCCCCGCCCAGGGCAGAGCCCCGCCCUGAGACAGCGCCCGGGAAAGGGACCCCAAAGAAACCCCAAAGAAAACCCCAAAAUUGGGGCAGAUCCCCCCAAAAGAACCACGCUGAGCCCCCUGCUAGGGGACCCCAAAGAAAACCCCAAAAAUCCCCGAAAGUCAAAACAAAUCCUAAAAAAAAUCCUAACAAAGGCCCCCCAAAUUCGGUCAAACCCCCCCAAAUCUCUGCCCGACCCCCCCCCCAGCGCCGCAGGGGAACCCCCAAAAUCCCGACCCGGCUCUGCACAACGAGGGUCCCCCAAAAUUCCCCCCCUCUUUUUUGGGGACCCCUCCAAGAUCCCCUCCCCCCCUCCCCCCCCCGGCUCUGCCCGAUGAGCAGCGGGCGGAGCCCCCCCCAGCACCCCAAAAUCCCCCCGCGUGACGCCCCCCCCAAAACCCCCCGCGGGGUGGGGGAGGGGCCGAGACUCCCCCUCAGUGAGGGGGGGUGGGGGACCCCCCAAAAAAUGGGGCAAUAAACGAGAUUUCAGCCAA